AUGGACUUCAUGAACCCACAAUCGGUGUUGGCGCUGGAGAACAUCCGUGAUGCGCUGGUCCGUAUGGAAGACACCAUCAUUUUCAGUUUUAUCGAACGGUCGCAGUUCUUUGCAUCGCCUUCAGUUUACAAAGAGAACCAGUUUCCUAUUCCGAACUUUCGGGGUUCGUUCUUGGACUGGCUGCUUUCUCAGCACGAGAGGAUCCAUUCGCAAGUGAGACGGUACGAGGCGCCAGACGAGGUGCCUUUCUUCCCUGAGGUGUUGCAGAAAACGUUUUUGCCAAAGAUUAAUUACCCAACGGUGUUGGCCUCCUAUUCGGACGAAAUCAACGUCAAUAGCGAGAUUUUGAAAAUCUACACCACAGAGAUCGUUCCUGGAAUUGCUGCCGGCAGUGGAGAACAGCCGGACAAUCUUGGAUCGUGUGCCAUGACCGACAUCGACUGUUUGCAGGCACUGUCUCGCCGGAUUCACUUUGGAAAGUUUGUGGCCGAGGCCAAGUUUGUGAACGAGGGCGAGAAGAUCGUGGAGUUGAUCAAGAACAAGGAUGUUAAGGGAAUUGAGGAGCUGAUCACCAAUUCCGCUGUGGAAGAGAAAAUCUUGCAAAGACUGUUGGAAAAAGGAAGAGCUUACGGCACAGACCCGACUUUGAAAUUCAGUCAGAACAUUCAAAGUAAAGUGAAGCCGGAGGUGAUUGUCAGGAUCUACAAAGAGUUUGUCAUUCCUCUCACCAAGAAGGUGGAGGUCGACUACCUGCUCAGAAGACUGGAGGACGAACAAGAUGAUGCCGACGCUACACAGACCAGUGGUGGCUACGUGGACCGGUUCUUAUCCUCAGGAUUGUAUUAG